AUGGAUGCUCCGGCCAUUGUCGAUACCUUGGAUGCCAAGGGCUUCGACGUCUCCUUGCUUGACGAGCUUCUGGCGGCACAAGGUGCUGACAGCCUCGUCAAGCGGAGUCCCCUAUGCUCGAUAGCUUGCAAGACCCUAAACCUCGCAUACGGUGACCGCCUGAUCCUUCAAUCCGAGACGGCGCAGUAUGAUGGCUGGACGGCCAAUUUCUGGUCGGACAUGCAAGCUCAAGUCAAUCCGUACUGCAUCUUCCAACCGAAGAGCAACCUGGAGGUUUCCGUCCUUGUUUUGAUUUCUCGCCUGUCCCAGUGCCCCUUCGCUGCAAAGAGCGGCGGCCAUGCGGCCUUUGCUGGUGCCUCCAGCAUCGAGGGUGGCAUUACCGUGGAUCUUAGGAUGAUGAUGGACGUCUCCGUUUCGGAGGAUAAGAAAGUCGCAUACAUUCAACCUGGUAAUCAAUGGUACGACGUUUACACGAAACUUGAGCCCCUGGGACUUGCUGUCAUCGGUGGCCGUGUCGCUGAAAUCGGAACCGGAGGUCUCACGCUUGGUGGAGGAAUCUCCUUCUUCUCCAAUAUCUACGGCUGGGCGUGCGACAAUGUCGUUAGUUAUGAGUUGGUCACCGCGACCGGUGCCAUCGUCACCGUCACCAAGGAUAAGUACCCCGACCUCUACUGGGCCCUUCGUGGUGGCGGAAACAACUUUGGAAUCGUCACCAAGUUUGGACUCGCGACCUUUGAUCAAGGAAAAAUGUGGGGAGGUGUUGUAAUGUACGCUCCCACCGAACGCGAUGCCACCCUGCAUGCAUACAUCAAUUUCGGCUUCAACUCCCCCGACGACCCGAAAGCGGCUUUGAUCCUCGUCACGGGGUUCUCGAGCGGUUUCUAUUUCACCAUCGCCGAUUUAGAGUAUACCGACCCUAUCAGCACGGCACCAGGCAUCUUCCAGGAGUUCGUGAACAUCCCCCAUCUCUCGGACACCACCGGAACCAAAUCUCUCAGCGAGAUCGCUCUCGAGUUCAAUUCCAGCAACCCGCAUGGUCUCCGCGAAUCGUACUGGACCGCCACCUUCAAGCUCGACUACGAGCUGGCUGCCUAUAUCACCGAACUGUUCCUCGAGAACACCGCCCCAAUCGAGAAUGUUGCGGGGAUUGUCCCCGCUUGCGUCAUGCAAGUCAUCACGGAAGGAGUCUUAACCCAUAUGGCUGACAAUGGUGGUAACGCGCUUGGCCUCGAUCCAGCAAAAGGACCCUACCUGCUCUUGAACCUCGCAUACAUGUGGACCAACGCUGCCGACGAUGCUGCCGUCAUUGCUCGUGCCGAUACCAUCAUCAAGGCUGCCAUUGCCAAAUCGAAGGGAAUGGGACUCGACGCCGACUAUCUGUAUAUGAAUUAUGCUAGCCAGUACCAAGAUGUCAUCGCUAGUUACGGCGCGGAGAAUAAGGCGAAGCUAGUCAGCAUCAGCGAGAAGUACGACCCCGCGGGUGUUUUCCAGCAGCUGCAGCCCGGAUAUUUCAAACUCAGUGGCCCGCCUACGACGGGACCUUGA